AUGGCGCGUGAGAGCAGAGCCGAUGCGAUGAGUAGCCCAUCUUCAGAUGCCUGGUCCAGUGAUGAGUACAAGCCUCCUCCUGGAAGCCCGUGCUCCUCUACAUUAUCCAGCAACGUUUCAGUAUUUUCUGACACAUCGUGUGCUGAAGUGUCUGAUGAAGAGGAGCUAGAGCCGACCUCCACAAAGGCCCAGAAAAACAAACGGACCAAGAGGACAGAUGCGUGUGCUGAAGUGUCUGAUGAAGAGGAGCUAGAGCCGACCUCCACAAAGGCCCAGAAAAACAAACGGACCAAGAGGACAGAUGCGUGUGCUGAAGUGUCUGAUGAAGAGGAGCUAGAGCCGACCUCCACAAAGGCCCAGAAAAACAAACGGACCAAGAGGACAGAUGCGUGUGCUGAAGUGUCUGAUGAAGAGGAGCUAGAGCCGACCUCCACAAAGGCCCAGAAAAACAAACGGACCAAGAGGACAGAUGCGUGUGCUGAAGUGUCUGAUGAAGAGGAGCUAGAGCCGACCUCCACAAAGGCCCAGAAAAACAAACGGACCAAGAGGACAGAUGCGUGUGCUGAAGUGUCUGAUGAAGAGGAGCUAGAGCCGACCUCCACAAAGGCCCAGAAAAACAAACGGACCAAGAGGACAGAUGCGUGUGCUGAAGUGUCUGAUGAAGAGGAGCUAGAGCCGACCUCCACAAAGGCCCAGAAAAACAAACUGACCAAGAGGACAGAUGCGUGUGCUGAAGUGUCUGAUGAAGAGGAGCUAGAGCCGACCUCCACAAAGGCCCAGAAAAACAAACGGACCAAGAGGACAGAUGCGUGUGCUGAAGUGUCUGAUGAAGAGGAGCUAGAGCCGACCUCCACAAAGGCCCAGAAAAACAAACGGACCAAGAGGACAGAUGCGUGUGCUGAAGUGUCUGAUGAAGAGGAGCUAGAGCCGACCUCCACAAAGGCCCAGAAAAACAAACGGACCAAGAGGACAGAUGCGUGUGCUGAAGUGUCUGAUGAAGAGGAGCUAGAGCCGACCUCCACAAAGGCCCAGAAAAACAAACGGACCAAGAGGACAGAUGAAGCUUCUAGAAACCCAAAGAAACCCUGGAGUGAGGAGGAGAGCCGUGGAGAAGAGGAUGGGGAAGUACCUGGCUCUGUGUGCUGUGCCUCACACAGGAGUCUGCAGCCCUCAUCAACAGAACCUGGAAGGACCUCAAUUAUGGACCGUGGCUUCUAUCGCUCGGUGGACGUCCAGGACCAGGCUCACUACAUCGUGGCGUUCUUCGUCUUUGUCAUUGGAACAGUCGGCGUCACCGGCAACGCUCUGGUUAUGUACGCGUGUGCUUGUAAUAAAAAACUGAGGACACGACCGAACUACUUCAUCAUAAAUCUGGCCGUCAGUGACUUCCUCAUGGCCAUCACUCAGUCUCCCAUCUUCUUCAUCAACUCGCUCUACAAAGGAUGGAUCUUUGGAGAAACUGGCUGUAAGAUGUAUGCCUUCUGUGGGGCCCUCUUUGGGAUCACGUCUAUGAUCAACCUUCUUGCUAUCUCUGUGGACCGCUACAUCGUCAUCACCAGACCUCUGCAGGCCAUUCAGUGGGCCUCCAACACCCGCACCUGCUGCACCAUCGCCCUGGUCUGGCUCUACUCCCUGGCCUGGAGUCUGGCCCCUCUGCUGGGCUGGAGCUCCUACAUCCCCGAAGGGCUGAUGACCUCCUGCACCUGGGACUAUGUGACGGCGACUCCUGCGAACAAAAGCUACACUCUGAUGUUGUGCUGCUUUGUCUUCUUCAUUCCUCUGGGAAUCAUCUCCUACUGUUACCUCUGCAUGUUCCUGGCCAUCCGCCACGCCAGCAGGGAAGUGGAGCAGAUGGGUUCUCAGAUGAGGAGGUCGACCCUGCUGCAGCAGCAGUCCAUCAGGACCGAGUGGAAACUCGCCAAGAUCGCCUUCGUGGUCAUCAUCGUGUUUGUGUUGUCGUGGUCACCGUACGCCUGCGUCACCCUGAUCGCCUGGGCGGGAUACGGGGGGAUUCUUGACCCUUAUUCCAAAGCCGUUCCUGCGGUGAUCGCCAAAGCCUCCGCCAUUUACAACCCCUUCAUCUACGCCAUCAUCCAUCCUAAAUACAGGGACACUCUGGCAGAGAAGUUCCGAUGUCUUCACUUCCUGAAUCAAACGAAAAGGAAAAACAAUCUGUCGGUUUCUCAGAGCGAGUCGUCCUUUAAAGAGUCCGGUCUGAGUCGACAGUCUUCAGGCUCCAGCAAGAUCCAGAGAGAGACCUCCAUGUCCACCACCGACACCCAGGUGUUGAGCGACGUGGAGCUGGAUCCUCUGGACAAAGGCCGCUGCCUCUCCCUGAGCUUCUCUCUCUGCUCUUUGACCGAGAGAGUCAACAAACCAUCAGGAAACACAGACCAGAAGCACAGCGGGACCAGACACCAGGACUUAAGUUUACCGUCACACACGACGAGAGCUGUCUGA